ACAGGCACCGUCCAAAUCGUGGUCUGAAAUGGCGGCAUUAGCGACGUGCUUCAGGUUUUAUCAACUCUGCCUUGCUGACCAACGCUGCAGUUCGUCACGCUGAAACUUCAACACGCAGGGGAAGGGUGUCGGCAGAGGCUAUUGAAACCUACGAGUUGACACUCACGUAGUCCAGACUGUUCAUUCGCGUCAUGCCAUGAAGCGAGAAUCCUUCCAUGCAGCGAACACUGGGGGUGGUGGGUUGGGAGGUCCCAUACCCGAUGCGGUUUUCCAAACACAGUUUCAAUGCUGUUCGUCCCUUUCAGGAAGCCCGCUUAGCUGUGGCUACUGCUCAAUAUUUCGGCAUAAUCGGGAAUGGCCGACAACACAUCUUAGAGAUAGGCCCAGACGGAAAUUUAAGGGAAAUUCGUAGCUUUUUAACGCAGGAAGGCUUGUACGACUGCUGUUGGAGCGAGGCGAAUCAAAAUCAACUUGUCUCCGCCUCGGCCGAUGGAAGCUUGAAGCUGUGGGACGUGAUGACUUCGGAUGGCUAUCCAGUCGCUCACUGGCAGGAACACUCGGCGGAAGUCUCCUCCGUCCACUGGAACCAGGUCGUUAAAACCAACUUCCUCUCUGCCUCCUGGGACGGCAGCAUCAAACUCUGGGACCCGCACCACCCCACGUCUCUCUCCACCUAUUGCGGACACACCGGGUGUGUCUAUGCGGGAAUCCACUCUCCCCGGCAUCCGCACCGUUUCCUGUCUUGUGGCACCGACGGGAGCCUGCGUAUCUGGGAUACAAAGCUACCUCCCUCCCACGCCACCUCCUUGGGCCUGGGUCGGGCGGAGGGAGGGGCGGUGCAGGUCGUGCGAGCGCACGAGGGCGAGGUCCUGAGUGCGGACUGGGACAAGUACCAGGACUUCCUCGUUUACACCGGGGGGGUGGAUCGAUCCAUCAAAAUAUGGGAUUUAAGGCGCCCGUCCCUGCCCCUCGGCUUCUUGCACGGCCACGGGUACGCGGUGCGGAGGCUCAAGACCUCGCCCCACCAGGAGGGAGUCCUGGGCUCCGUCUCCUACGACAUGUCCUGCCGG